CCGCCUUUGCCCUCAUCGCCGUCCCUCUCCCCCCGACCUCCUCACGCCGCGUCGACCUCGCCCAUGACGUCGAGCACGCCCGCGCUGGCCAUGUCGCCCGACGAGUCGCACCUCCUCGACCAGACGACGACGCACGAGCGCGUCCUCCUCGCGCAGGCCGUGUUCGAGAAGGGCUCGGACGACUGGGAGGCGGUCGGGCGGCUGCUGAGGGGACACGCCCUGCUCAGGGCGAGGACAGACGAGUGGUUCACGGCUCAGCAUCUCGCGAGGACUUUCAGCGUCCUCCUCCAGCACGUCGGCGUCGAACCCGCGACCGCCUUCCCGCCUCAGUCUCACGAGGUGCGCAAGAUCGCGCACAAGUACUACAUGGACCGCGUGCACGAGCUGUACCAGGCCAUGGAGGCGUGCCAGGACCAGUUUCGCAUCACGUACUCGGAAAUCCAGGAGCUCAAGGACGGCAAGCACGACUGGCGCCUCACGCACCCCGAGCGCGCCCUCCCGCCGUCGCCCGUGCGAGGCCAAGCGCCGCUUCCCUGA